AUGGGUUACAAAUCAGGCAGACUCUUCGAAGUGCCCAUCGGCAGCGACGGCAAAGUCGUCGUCACCCGAUUGGGCGAGCGAGUCUACAUGCUCAUGUGGAACUCUGCACCAGACAAUCGACUCACCACUUCAUUCUGCAAUGCCGUACACACUGCUCUGGAUAUUCUGGCGCUCAAGUAUCCUCAUGGCGUUGUGAUCACGACUUCUGGCAUCAGCAAAUUCUAUAGCAAUGGAUUGGAUCUGGAACAUGCGAAUUCGAACCCGACAUUUACUAAGGAUUCUCUGUUUGCACUGUGGAAGAGGUUGCUGACGCGAUUGCAUGGGUUGUGUCAAAAAGGCAGACGUGACCAAUGUCUUGGCCUGGCUCUUCUAGCAUAUCUUCCCAGUAGUGUGGAGACUGACUCCAUGAGGUCUCGAAGACAGUGGAGAUGUCACAAACAUGUCCGUGGUCACUGUUGUCAAUACGAGGCUGGAAGACAGGGACACCCUGCCCUGCCAACAAGCACACCAGAUCGUUGCAACUUUGAAAACUGCAUCGACACAUCAAAGCUGACUUAUGAAAACAGCUAUCCAAUGCCAACCAUCGCUCUGAUCAAUGGCCACGGCUUCGCUGGAGCCUUAAUGACAGCAAUGAUGCACGACUAUCGCAUCAUGAACCCCCAUCGCGGCUACAUCUGCCUCAACGAAGUCGAACUCGGCGUGCCCCUCAAGGCCGCAAUGUCCUCCAUAUUCCGUCAAAAGACAUCACCCCAAACCUACCGCACUCUUGUCCUCGAAGGUAAACGCUUCAAAGCCCUAGAAGCACUUGAAGCAGGUAUCAUAGAUGGUGUGGGUGGCUUGGAUGAAGUUGUUGCGUUUGUGGAUGAGUUGAAGUUGGUGGAGAAGACAGAUAAGGGGGUUUAUGGCUUGUUGAAGAGGGAGAUGUGGAGGGAGACCGUGGCGUUUUUGGAUGCGCCUGAUGAGGAGGUGGAGUAUAAGGAGAAGGUUGCUAAGCAGGAUGAAGAGUUGGAGAAGAAAGCUCAUCAGAGAGUCAAGGACUGGGAAGCUGUGAAGGCCAAACUCUAG